AUGGCUGAUACGUCUGCCAUGAAAGACAUACGGGGGGACGAUGAUGCUCAGUUGGCGGCCAUGGGCCAUAAGGCCGAGUUGAAGCGAAAUUUCUCACUUUUGUCUAUGUUAGGACUGGCUUUUGCUAUUCUAAAUUCUUGGACCGCUCUAUCGGCGAGCUUAUCUCUUAGCCUACCGUCUGGAGGCUGUGUAAGCGUGGUCUGGGGCUUGAUCACGGCAGGUGUAUGUAACCUUUGUAUAGCAACUUCGCUUGCGGAGUUCUUGUCCGCUUAUCCCACGGCUGGUGGACAAUACCAUUGGGUUGCAGUUUCUUGGGAACGAUGGAUGCCCAUACUUUCAUGGAUCACCGGCUGGGCCAAUGUUUCUGGCUGGCUUGCAUUGACCGCUACCGGUGGGCUGCUGGGCAGCGAGUUGAUUCUGGGCAUAAUCUCAUUAAUGCAUCCGACCUUUGAAGCACAGCGUUGGCAUCAAUUUUUGAUUUAUACCGGCUACAAUAUUGCUGCAUUCAUCAUCAACGCCAUCAUGAACAAUGGUCUUCCGUACUUCACUAAGGGUGCCUUUAUUUGGUCCUUAUCCGGAUUUGCCAUCGUCUCGAUAACGCUUCUUGCAUGCUCGUCACCCAACUACAACUCGGGCGAGUUUGUGUUUGGAAAAUUUAUCAAUGAAACAGGAUGGCCGGAUGGCGUUGCUUGGCUACUUGGACUUCUCCAAGGUGGACUUGGUCUUACGGGCUUUGAUGGGGUUGCCCAUAUGAUCGAAGAAAUCCCCAAUCCAUCUGUCGUGGGCCCUAAGAUUAUGAUAGGGUGCGUGUGUAUCGGUACGGUGACGGGCUCUAUCUUUUUGAUUGUACUCCUCUUUGUUGCCGGUGACAUCUACGAAGUCAUCGACUCUGCUGCAGGUUGUCUUCUGCAGAUCUUCAAGGAUGCAACGGGAAACAAUGCCGGCUCAAUCUGUCUUCUAAUGUUCCCCCUUGUUUGCAUUCUUUUCGCAGCCACUAGUAUUAUGACCACCAGUAGCCGUAUGAUCUACGCUUUUGCAAGAGAUGGCGGCCUUCCUGCUUCCCCCUUCUUUUCUAGGGUUCAUCCGAAGCUCAAUGUUCCCCUGAAUGCCUUGUACCUGACGUUUGCUACUAUCACUGUCUUCGGCCUUAUUUUCCUUGGGUCUUCGAGUGCGUUCAACGCUAUUAUCUCAUCAUCAGUAGUGAUGCUUGACAUCGCAUACGGUAUUCCGAUUGCAGUGAACUGCCUACGUGGUCGCACUAUGCUGCCUGAACGCUCAUUUGUUCUCCCCAAUACUUUAGGCUGGAUCGCCAACAUAAUUUCUCUUGCCUACAUCAGCCUCACGACUGUGCUAUUCCUCUUCCCUCCAGUGCUACCUGCGACCGGUAGCAGUAUGAACUACUGUGUCGCUGCUUUUGGUAUUAUUUUUGUCAUCUCGACAUUUCAAUGGAUUGUUGAUGGCCGCAAGAACUUCACUGGCCCACGGGCUGAUGUGGAUAUCCUUGCAGGCGUAAUUGAAGAAGUGCCCACCCACACUGGGACCGCUGAAAACCAUGGGAAAAGCGAUGGGAAAUGA